CGCGUCUCAAGUUAGUUUAGUUGCGCGCAAGUCGUCGUGCGAGUCGCGAGUGUAGUGUUGUCGUUUGAAUUGUUUCAUUGAGGAUGUACGAACUUUAAUCUAUUUUCGGACCACAUUUUUUAAGACGUGUCAGUGCCGGUCGCGAGUGCAGUGAGUCUUAUCAGUGACCACCCUCCCUUAUCAGCAGCUCUGACCGCCCCAUGAGGUCACAUGGCGCCCCGGUUUCUCUACAUUUUGUUGCUCCUUUCCACCGCUUCCGCCCUACAAGGGGAUGACGAGGGUGAGGAUGAAGGAGAAGACGCAGAGGAAGGAGACAUCCUGGACUCCCACCCGGGAGUUCCCGGGGGAUCCGAACACACAGUGCCUCUCCCGGUCUUCCUGAAGGAACCUACGGAUACAUACGUGAUCAAGAACAAACCCGCGACCCUCUCCUGCCUCGCCGCGCACGCUCUGCAGAUCUACUUCCAGUGUAACGGGGAGCGGAUGGAGCGUAUCUCCGGGGAGUUGCAUCCUCACAUGGAGUUCGUGGACCCUCAGACUGGAGUCAGGAACGUGGAGUUGUCUGUGAAUGUGACCAGGGACGACGUGGAGGAAUACUUCGGUACUGAGAGCUUCAGGUGUGAGUGUGUGGCUUGGAACUCCCGCGGACAGAUCAAGAGUCAACCUGCCAUCGUUGACGUGGCUUAUCUAAAGAAGCACUUCGAGGUUCCGCCAUACUCUCAGACCGUGGAGAUGGACCACCAGGCGGAGCUGAGGUGCCACGCGCCUCCGGGAGUGCCACCACCACAGAUCUACUGGCUGAGGAACGGUCUGCCUCUGGAGACCGACACUAACGUGAUCGUCAGUAGUGAGGGUCACUUGCUCAUCAGUCAGGCGCGGCUCCAGGACACGGCCAACUACACCUGUGUUGCUGAGAACAUCGCCGCCAAGCGUAUCUCAGACCCCGCGCUGCUCACUGUCUAUGGUAAGCCAAGUGAUAUGUACCUAGCUAUACCUAACGUGAUCGUCAGUAGUGAGGGUAACUUGCUCAUCAGUCAGGCGCGGCUCCAGGACACGGCCAACUACACCUGUGUUGCUGAGAACAUCGCCGCCAAGCGUAUCUCAGACCCCGCGCUGCUCACUGUCUAUGUGAACGGAGGAUGGUCGUCGUGGUCGGCCUGGUCGGAGUGUAACUCUCGUUGUGGUCGUGGGAUACAGAAGAGGUCCAGGAUCUGCAACAAUCCCCCGCCUCUCAACGGAGGCGCUCAGUGUCCUGGCCUAGCCCUGGCUAAGAUAGAUUGUACUUCACCGUGUCCAGCCGUGGACGGUAGAUGGUCGGCGUGGUCGUCCUGGAGUGCCUGUGGUCCUGAUUGUAAACACACCAAGAGAAGAACUUGCAGCAAUCCUGCACCCUCCAACGGCGGCAGCUACUGUCAGGGCAAAGACACCGCCAUGGCCAACUGUACUGGACCUCUGUGUGUUGUUAUUCGCCCCGAGGAUGACAUAGGCCUCGCCCCCUACAUUGGCCUGGCCGUGGCUUGUGCCGUGUUUAGCUGCGUAGCUGUGGUCAUGUUUCUACUCAGGCGCCGCAAGGGUCGCGACCAUCGCAUGUACGACAGAGCUAACUCAGACUACCAGCCAGAAUACCUCCCAGAAAAGGACAACAAGAGCUAUGGUGUUGAGCCGUUUGAGCCAGACCUGACCAGAGGUGCACUGAUCCCCGUGACUGUACCCAGCUGCUACGAGUAUCCCUUCAGUGACAGAUCAGAGCUGCAGCGUUCCUGCAGUGAGCAUCACUACGACGUGCCUGACCUGCGUAGUGCUAACUCUCACAGCCUCGCCAGCUUCACUGGAUCUUCUGUUUCUUGUGUAGACGAGAGAUCCUGUAAGAGUUCUCUUUCGUUGCCUGGGUGCUCUGACAUAGACUGUGUAGGGAGUUCCCUCAUGACGUCCACCGGAGGAAGAAUAUCACUCCCGGAAUCUGGAGUGUCCUUAACAGUUCCCGAGGGAGCGAUCCUCAAAGGAGUGAAAGAGCAAGUUUAUGUGGCUGUGCUACGGGAUGACAGGCACAGGCCAAAACUGGCAGAUGGAAUGACUCAGUUGAGUCCAGUUGUGUUAUGUGGCCCAGCCAGUCUGGUGCUCAACAAGCCAGUAGUGUUGAAUGUGCAGCACUGUGCUAGUCUCAAACAUGGACCUUGGGCACUCUCUGUGUUUGCAUCUGAAUCUUCCCUUGAUGCAUUGCCUGUGUGGAAUAAAGUAGUUACCCUCGGGGAGGAGACCAUCAACACGUCAGUCUUCACUCAGAUAGACUCCAACCAAGUGUUUGUGAUGUCGGACUCAUUGACGAGGUUCGUGUUGGUGGGAGAGCCCUGCAGGAGUUUGGCGCCCAACGUGGGGCCAAGUGGAGCGAGGUCCUGUGUUAAACUUCUGAGGCUUGCUGUGUUCACACCUCCCAUGUCCAGGACUUCUCACCAGACUGACUACAGUGUCAGGGUGUACGCUCUGGAGGAUAAUUCGGCUGCCUUAGAGGGAGUUCUGAGGGUAGAGAAAAAGCUGGGUGGUUGUCUAGCAGACAAACCAAAAUCUCUCCUCUUCCAAGACGAUGGUGCCAGUCUCAGUAUCAGUCUAGAAGACAUCAGUCCAGGCUGGAGAUGCAAGCCACAUACAGACUAUCAGGAAAUCCCGUUCAGUCACGUAUGGAACUCCAAUGUGAACCACUUGCAUUGCUCCUUCUCUCUGGAGAGAGUAGAUCAAGUUACGACCAGUAUUAGUUUCCGUGUGCUGGCCAGCCAGAAAGGCUGUCAAACUCACAGGCAAAUGUUUAGGAUACAAGCAGACCUGGGAGUGGACUCUUCGUCUUCAUCACUGCAGGUGGGGCUGCCUCCUCCAGGGUGCAGAACUGUGACUAGCAGCAGUGGAUGUGGCUCUAGCAUCACAACGUGUGACAACACUCCCUUUAGGUUAAACAGGACCUUGAAGAGACAACUCUGCCAGUGUCUCAACCCACCAAAUGCAAGAAGCAACGACUGGAGAAUGCUUGCUCAAAGACUAAAUGUCGAUAGGUACAUUAACUACUUCGCCACCAAGCCGAGCCCAACAGAGCACAUCCUUGACCUAUGGGAAGCCAGACACAGGGAACCAUCAGCCGUCACUGACCUUGUCAACAUACUGAGAGUCAUGGGUAGGAACGAUGCAGCAUCACUAAUAGAAAAGCAGCUAGGACCAUGGCUGUAGUUCGAAGAUCUGCAUCUAUUUCAGGAAAACCAAUUGAUUCCCUCUCCUGAUCUAUUUGUCAGCAGAUGCCAGGCUCUCAAAGACAGUUAGUUUCUUUGUGAAGCUAAUCUGUGAUAACAGAACCGCAACAUGGAGAAUUUUGAAAUACUAUGAGAAAAACACUUUGUGGACAUCAAGAGCUGGAACUUGGGACAUUUUUUUCAGAAACUGCUACAAGAAUCUUAAAUAUCUACUAGCCUCCAAAAGCCCCAAAGUGACUUAUUUCAUGAGAUUUUAGAGCAGAAAUAUUGGUCCCUCCUGGUAUUUCAAUAGAAAGUUUAAAGCAUAGUAUGAAGAAUAUUCCUGCGAUCAAGAUCUGCAACAUGAAGAGAUUCAUGCAUUUUCUAGACAACAGUUUCUAUAAAGAGUUUCUUAAAGAUCAGGAUUAGUGGCACGAGAAGUCUAAGAGAAAGUAUUUUUCACGAAUAUCAGUAACGUUAUCCCAAAGGCUUUCCAAAACACCAGGAAGCAUAUUGCAAGUCAAAAAUAACAAAAAGAAUUGAUUAGAGCUUAGCAAUCAAAAAAUUAAAAUUAUUAUUUUCUAUGGCUUGAUGAACGUUUUUUUCUUAUUUUUCUAGAUAUUGAUUGUACAAAUCUUAAGUUGGAAAAUUAAAAACAUCAGGCUCUUCUCAAUAAAUGAUAAAUGUUCAAUUUUUGUUAUUUUAUGUUAUAUAUGUACAGUAUAGUAAGAAGAAUGAUAUCCUUAAAGCGAGUAAUUUGAGGUGAAUUAUGGUAGAAAUAUUCUAGGUAAACAAUUGAAUUUAAAUUAAUAAUAAUCCUGAUUUUUCGAUCUUCUCUUUUUUCGCUGACGAACUAAUUUUAAGCCGCGACUUUAUGCAUGUACCUACUGUACUUGAGCUGAGCUGAAGUUGGCAAAAUGCUUCCAAAUGUUUCGUUAACUUCAUGUGUUAAGAACAUAACCAACAACUAACCUUAGAAAAGACCUCAAAAUACUAUUCCUGAAAUGAUUACUGCCUAUUGCAUUUUGAAUUAAAUAAACUGUGUUCUGUGAUAUAUACAAAAAUAUUUUUUUAGAAUAUAGUUAUUAUUUUCUAUUGUUUGACCAAAGUUCAGGAGACUGAAACCCGUUUUGUAAAGAGCUGCAGAUUAAUGAGCAUUUGUAUUGUUCAGGCAUUGAAAAUAAAAGUCUUUCACAAAAAUAUGUCAAAUUACUAGGUGAAAGACUCAUAAAUGUAUUUUUAUGACUUUCCCAAUUGGAAAAGAUAAUUUAUUUAGAAGAUAGUAAAUAUUUACAGGUAUUUAGGCCUACAUAUGUAGUUUACUAAGGUAAAAUGAAUUUCUUACAAAGCCUGGAUACGUGAUGUUUUACAUCUAUAUUAUACACGAGCAAACAUUUCUGUUAAGAAACAAAUAUUAUUUGUGUUUUUAAUGUUUGUUUGAUAUUAAAUUUCCUAUUGUACGUGCAUUAUUGUCAUGCAUAAUAUAUCCAACUAUGCAAAUAUGUAAAUCCGUUCAUCCUGUUUAAAUAUUUACUUUGUAGAUAGAUUUUUUUUGCAAAUAACAAACUUUGGGAGUUUUUUUAAAAUGUGGCUGUGAAUAUAGUUUGCAUAUGCAAUCAAAAUAGUUUUACUUGGCUGAUAUAUUUUAUUACAUAAAUUUAAGAAAAUAUAACCAACCAGUAUAAUUCAGCUUUUUAGAUUUUUUGGUUUUAAAUUUAUAGUUUAUAAGCCUAAGUCUGUUUUAUUAAAAUAUUUUAUGUAGUUAUUCCUAUUGAAAUAUGUUGUUGACUUUGUUAAUGUUAGUUAAUAAUAAAAAUCUAACCAUAAAACCCAAAAUCCUAGUUUUGAAAUAAGCAUUCAAUGUAUCCAAGUGCCCUUGGACAUUGUUUUGAAUACCAGCUGGCUGUUUGCAUGUGUUUUUUAAUCUCCAUAAUGCCUUUUUCGUAACCACACACAUAGCACGAUAUAAUUUUUAUUUUUUCCAUGCAACUUUGCUCAGUACAUAACUAUUUGUAAAAAACUAUUUGGUGCAUUUUUUCGUUCCUCGUUUAUAUUACAGCUUAGUUUAUGAUUGUUGUUGUAAAAAGUGUUGUGUAUAAUAUUGCAGAAGGGGUUUAUUUGUUUUUUAGAUUUGCUGUAAAUAUAAAAUGUGUAUUUGUAGAAACAUUUUAGAAACGAAGUUUUAUAUAACAAUAGAUUUAAUGUAAAUAAAAUAAACCUGUGUAAAUAUAUUUAAUAGUAGGUUGAAUGUUGCCAAAAGUAACAUUGUAAUAUGUAAUAAAACAUUUGUAUUGGUCAUUAUAAAUAACUUUAUGGAA